GACAAGGUCAAGGACGUCAAAGAUAUAGAAAAAGCUUGUGCAGACAUCAAGGAGAAGCUGGCUACAAAAGUAUCAUCAAAGUUUCGAAACCAGGGAAAUGUGAGGCGCCCACCGGCGGAUUAUCGCGCGGUGGGCCAGAACCAGAGAUACAAAUCCUUGAAGUUCAAGACAAAGUCAUCCAGGACGUACCCACAAGAAUCCAAGCCAGCGGCACGGACGACGAGCCAGUCGUCAUCCAAGAGAUAGACAAGGGACGAGAGCCACCCCCUAGCGAGCCAUCUUUCAUUGGUGGCAAGCAUAUUAUCAGGACAGCGUAUUUAAGGAAAGGAGUAUCUGAGGAAGCCGCAGAGAUCAUGGUAGGUGCUAUAAUCCCGGCAACAUUGAAGCAAUACGAAGGUCAUUUAAAACUUUGGUGGAAUUUUGCUCAGGACAAAAAGAUUGAUGUCUAUAAUGCAAAAACGUCGGACAUUAUUGCCUUUUUAGCUGGGCGCUUUAAAAAGGGAGCAAAAUAUAGUGCAAUAAACACUGCGCGAUCUACAGUGUCUCUGAUAUCAGCAUAUGACAUAAAUGAGGAUGGCUUAAUAGCUCGGUUUGUAAAGGGAGUUUAUAAACAGAGACCUACAAAGCCUCGAUACAGCACCACGUGGGAUGUGUCUCCAGUAUUAGAGUAUUUGGAGCGACAACAUCCUCUCAAGAAACUUAAAAUAAAAGAAAUUGCAGAGAAGAAGGCGACCUUAUUAGCUUUGACGAUGGCAUAA